AUGGGUGCUUGCUGUUCAGUAGCUGAAGACGCUCCAAUUCCUGGUCUAGACUCUAAGCCGAUUGCUGAACAAGCUAAAAAACUAGACGAACCAGCAAUUUCCAACGUUGCUGUCACAUCCCCCGAUGUCGAGGCUGAAAAGGUGGUGGAACCCGCACUUCAAGAACCAAUUGUGCAGCAAGCGACCACUUUACAAGAUUCCCCAACAAAAGAUUUCGAACAUACAACCCAUGUUGUGAACCAACAUCAUAUUGUUGACCAACAUCAUAUCCUCGCUGACGACAAACCCGCUCCAAAUCCAUUCGCUUCAAUCGCAGAUGAUCCUGAAGAAGAAACUGCUGCUCCCGUUGAGGAGGCGGCUGCCCCAGUAGAAGAAUCUGCUGCUCCAAUAGAGGCUGCUGCUCCUGAAGUGGAGGAAAAGGCUGUUGACGAAGCUGCUCCCGUAGAAGCCACAGUCGAAGAGCCAGUAGCUGCUCCAGGCGAGGAAGUCGCUGCUCCAGUUGAAGAAGCAGCCGCCCCCCCAGUAGUCGAAGAGAAGGCUGUUGAAAAAGAAGCUCCUACUGCUGAACAUGGUUUGAGCACUGGCGCCAUCGCUGGUAUUGCUGGCGCUGUUGGUAUUGGAAGUGUAGCUGCAGCUGGUGCUGGAAUCGCUAGCGUUUUGAGUCAUCACGAAUCGGCCACUGCGGAACCUACCCCUGCUGCUGAAACUGCUCCAGUUGAACCUUUUGUCGAAGAAAAAACUAUCGAAAAAACCGCCGCCGUGGAGGAGGUAGCUGCUCCAAUCGAACCAGCUGUCGAGGCUGAGGAAGUGGCUACUCCAGUCGAACCAGUUGGCGAGGCUGAAGAAGCAGUUGCUCCAGUUGAACCAGUUGUCGAGUCAGGAGUCAUCGAACAAGCCGCUCCCGUUGAGGAAGUUGCCAAGGUUGAAGAGACAGUUGUCACGUCCGAGUCUGUUGUUGAGCCUACCACCAGUACCACAACGUUGGCGUCAGAUUACCGACCUGCAGUUCAAGAGGCAUCUGACCGAGAUCAUUCUCUUGCAACGCUCUCAACCGGUGGCUUUACAUGGGGUGCAGCUGAACCCACUGCAUCAACAGCCCCACUUUCAGCUAUUACCUUCAUCCCAACGGAUGUCCCUGUGAAGGCCAGCGAAGAACCUGCAGUCGUGGAAGACAAACCAGCUUUCGUACAAAGAUCUCUCACAGACAUGAUGGAGGAGCAAAAUGCACAGCCUCAUGGUGUUGACGCAGAAAUCUUGGCUAAUGAUUAUCGUCCCGCCUCACCAACUGUUGACAAUGCUGAGACUUUCCGUUCCUUGGCGUCUGGAACUUUCAGUUGGGGAGCGUCGGCGCCAAUAGCUACAGUUGCCGCUGUAGGUGCCGGUGUGGUUGGUGUCGCAGGUGUUGCUGCGGUAGCUGCUGAGGCCGAAUCUGCUCCCGCUGCAGAAGCCGAAAAAGAAAUCACAGAACCCGCUUCUGAAGCAGCUGAACUUACGUCAGAACCAGCUGCUGUCGCUGCUGAACCAGUUGCAGAAGAGCCCGCGGUGGAUGUCCACGAUUAUAGAUCACCCACAGAUGACCAAGCUGAGCAUCAACACGAAGAUACUCUUCAUGCCAUAGAACGUGGCUCAUUUGAUUGGGGUGCUUCAGCACCUCACGCUACGGUCGCAGCUGUUGCAGUGCCUGCUGUUGUUGACGAGCCAUCGAAAGAGGUUGCCCCUGUAGCACCGGAAAGUCCCAAGAUCAUAUUUGUUCUGGGAGGACCAGGAGCAGGCAAAGUUCGUACAAUUACAAAUUUUCUACUUCAUUUAUCCACGGGUGAUUUGCUACGAGAUGAAGUCAAGGAACGACCCACGUCAGAGCUUGCUACACAAAUUACCGAAUGUUUCACAUCAGGAUCUCUAGUUCCAAUGUCUGUAGUUAUGGGCUUGCUGGAAGCCAAAAUCAAGUCGAUUGCUGGAUCUUCUGAGUACAAGGGUGUUCUCGUCGAUGGUUAUCCAAGAGAAGUACAACAGGCAACAGAGUUUGAAAAAGUGAUUUCUCCUCCUACCUUGGUUCUCAGUCUUCACUUGGAUAAUGCUACCAUGACAUCAAGGCUACUUGAAAGGGGCAAAACAUCAGGACGAGCCGAUGACAAUGAAGCUACCAUCUCCAAGAGGCUCGCUACGUUUGAAAAAGAAACGGUACCAGUAGUUGAAUUUUAUGAAAGCAAAAAGGACGUCAUUCCAUUCGUUACAAUCGACGCAUCGCAGUCGAUUGCGUCGGUUUACAAGGAGGCUUCGGAAGUCGUCCACAGAAUUAUUGAGGGAUACACGGUUUAG